CGCUCGUAGGCGGCUAUCAGUUUCCUCAUGUUAAGCUGUUCGCUAUGGGGAUUCCUGUCAAUGACUGUUCCGAUCAUGGAUUCGGACCGGCGAGCUGCCGAAGGUUUGAUUUUACUCUGGUAUUUGAGCAAAGCAUACUGUCGAUCCUGCCAUCGGCUGCCCUGAUCAUCCUGGCGUUUGUGCGCGUCUACUUCCUGUACGGAUCGAGUGUCAAAGUUAUGCCACACCCGGUAUUCAAGGUUAAAGUGGUCAUGGCCGUCGCAUACAUUGGUCUUCAAUUAGCGCUGGUAGUACUCUGGAGCUCAGUCGCCUCAGUUCAAACCGGGGUGUCUAUUGCAUCUGCCGCUCUAUCAUUUAUCGACUCGCUCGUUAUUUUGCUCCUGUCCUUUGUAGAGCAUUGGAGGUCAUACAAACCUUCAUCUUUACUUCUUACCUUUCUCUUGUUUUCUGGUCUUUUUGACGUUGUUUACAUUCGAACUCUCUUUCUAAUAUCCGAAUUUCCCAUUUCUGUAACCAAGACAGUCGCAUUGGUGGUGAAGAUCGUGCUGUUUCUCCUUGAAACGCAAUCCAAAAUCGGUUAUUUGAAGGAGCCUUACAAGAGUUACUCACCAGAAUCAACUGGUGGCAUUCUCAAUUGGAGCUUUCUUUGGUGGCUUAAUAACCUCUUCAUCACCGGCUUCCGGAAGAUUAUGACUUAUGGCGAUUUAUUCAACAUCGAUGAAAGAAUCAACUCUCGGGUCCUGGACGAGAAAAUGGGAGGCUCGUGGAAAGUAUAUAGACAUUCGGAGAAGAGACAUGCGCUAGCAAUUGCAGCAGCAUCUUGCUUGUUCUCAGAAUGGCUCUUAACCCUACUUCCACGCCUUGCACUCGUUGGAUUUAACUAUGCACAACCUUUUCUGAUCAGUCGCUCUAUCAGUUUACUCAGUCAACCGGAUUCACAGCGAUCUACCAACUAUGGAUAUGGCAUAAUUGGUGCGACGGUUCUAGUAUAUCUGGCCACAGUACAUUAUCGGCAACGUGUUUUUCGAAUCAUUACUAUGUUCCGCGGAUCAAUGGUUACUCUCAUCUAUAACCACACUUUAGAGAUCCAGGAUGGUUUGCAAUUUGAAGGUGCAGCUUUAACUCUGAUGUCAACAGGUCAGAGAGGACAUUUGAUAAUCGUGGGCUGUUCGCAACUGACUUCCGCAGACAUAGAAAAUAUCGUGGAGUCGCUGGAGCCAAUCAACGAGAUUUGGGGAAGCACAAUUGAAAUGGCCAUCGGUAUAUGGCUCUUGAAGAGGCAACUAGGAGCGAACUGUGUAGUUCCAAUCAUCAUUACUUUAAUUUGCACAUUUGGUCAAGCAUCUGUGGCGAAGCGUAUUGGUCAAAAGCGACAAAUGUGGACUCAAGCGAUUCAGGAGCGUGUUUCUACGACAGCGUCUGCACUUAACUCUGUCAAAGCUAUCAAACUGAUGGGACUUGAGAGGAUCUUGGAGGUUACAUUGCAGAACUUGCGGAUCCACGAACUAUGCGUUUCAGGCGGAUUUAUGUGGCUCAUUCUUUUUCUGAAUUUACUUGCGACGGCCCCAGCUAUCUGGUCACCAGCCAUAGCCUUUAUCGCGUUCACUAUCCAGGCCAAAAUUCAACACUCGACUCUUCUUUCGACGGAACAAGCUUUCACUUCAUUAGCUGUCAUUUCGCUCGUGACUAUCCCAGCGGAAAGUUUUAUGGUUGCGAUCCCCCAUACUGGUGCUUGCCUAGGUUGCUUCACACGCAUCCAGGACUACCUUCGCCUCCCCUGUCGGAACGAUCAUCGGAGUGGCCCUCUACAUCUAUCGGAUACUGCCCCGUCCCCCUUUGAUAGCUCUUCGAAACAUGUCGAGCUAAAAUGCCUAAAUAUAAAUCCAUCGGUUUCAUCCAUGGAAAAUGCAAUCUGUUUAAAGGACGUGACUGUUCGCCCUGCACCGGCGGCUUCACUUGCACUUGAUAAUAUUUCUCUCUCCGUUCCACCCUCGUCGCUGGUCAUGGUCGUAGGACCAGUUGGUUCUGGGAAAACGACUUUGAUUAAAGCCAUUCUAGGCGAACUCCCUUGUGAAAGUGGCUCAGUGUCCGUUGCAUCGAAGCAAAUGGCCUACUGCCAUCAAAAGCCAUGGCUGACCCACACGUCUAUCCUUCAAUCGAUUUGUGGGCUAUCCGAAAGUCAGGCGGUAGACGAAGCCUGGUAUAAAACCGUGGUAUAUACUUGUUGCUUAGAAGCGGAUAUUAAAAUGUGGCCAGAAGGUAGCCAUACCAUCAUUGGGAAUAAUGGACUUAUUUUGAGCGGAGGUCAAAGGCAGAGAUUGGCGCUGGCUCGAGCUGUUUAUGCCCGAAGAGGUAUCAUUUUACUUGAUGACGUGUUCAGCGCCCUUGAUGCGACAACAGAGGAUAUGGUUUUUUCUAGGCUGCUUGGAAACCAAGGCUUGCUGAGGAAACUGAAUAGCACCGUAGUGCUUGUCACUCAUUCUGUCAAACACCUCCCUUUCGCAGAUGAUGUAGUCAUUCUUGAUCAGGGUCGUAUUGUCCAAGAUGCGCGCGACGCCACAGUCUCCAAAAUAGAGGUACUAAAAGAUACUAUGAUGCAACCCUCGCAGCUGGUGGAGAAAGAUAUGCAAUCAAGUCAAGACGCAAAUGAAUUACCAGGCUUAUCAACCAUUGAACAAGAUCUGGUCCGGCGCACGGGCGAUAUCGAGGUUUACAAGUACUAUGCUAAAUCGAUUGGAUGGAAGUACACGUCUCUAUUUGCGAUCGCUAAUAUCGGAUAUGCUUUUGCAAUUGCGUUUCCUCGGGCUUGGUUAGUAUUGUGGGUGAAAGCUGGUGGCGAUCAGCUUCACAUUUACAUUCCUAUAUAUGUGGUGUUGUGUAUUCUGGCGGACAUCUUUCUCGCUGGAAAUUUGUGGGUGACUUUCAUCAAGAUAUUACAGAAAUCGUCGGCUCGGCUCCAUGAAAAUUUACUUGAAGCAGUCAUGAGAGCUCCGCAAUCAUUCUUUGUGCAAACUGAUACCGGGGUUACUCUGAAUAGAUUUAGUCAAGACAUGUCUCUAAUCGACAACAACUUGCCUAUUGCGCUCAACAAAACCGCAGCUGAAUUUUGCAAUUGUGUUGCCCAAGCUGUACUGGUAUGCACAGGUUCCAGCUACAUGGCUCUCACGGUUCCUUUUACUCUGCCAAUCAUUUAUUUAAUUCAGAAUGUCUACCUGAGAACCUCUCGUCAACUUCGUCACAUGGACCUAGAAGCCAAAAGUCCAAUAUAUUCACACUUCUUGGAGACCUUAAAUGGUCUCUCAACCAUCCGAGCAUUCGGUUGGCAGCAGUCAUCAAAGAACAUCAACAUCUGCCACCUUGAUGCUUCACAGAAGCCGUACUACCUUUUGUUUUCCAUCCAGCGAUGGUUGAACCUAGUUCUAGACCUCCUUGUGGCCGCAUUAGCAGCCAUUCUUGUUUCUCUUGCCUUUUCUCUGAGGCAUAGCACUAGCCCCGGUCUUUUAGGCGCGGCGUUAAACACGAUCCUCGUGCUGAACCAAUCACUGCAAAAGCUAAUUACAUCUUGGACAUCACUUGAGACAUCUUUAGGAGCUAUUGCCAGAGUCAGAUCCCUUAUUGCUUCGACAUCAACAGAAAAUCAACCCAGGGAGAACAGGGAGCCCCCUGCGGCAUGGCCAGGCAAGGGUGGAAUUCAUUUUGAUUCAGUGUCGGCUUCAUAUGAUGGGGUAACCAUGGCUUUGAGCAACAUCACGAUGCAGAUAAAGCCUGGUGAGAAGAUCGGCAUCUGUGGGCGUACUGGCAGUGGCAAGAGUUCUCUGGUUCUUACUCUCCUCCGCCUCCUUGACAUUUCAGCAGGCCGUAUCAUCAUUGACGACGUGGAUCUUUGCACAAUUCCGCGGCACGAAGUUCGAUCGCGGAUUAUCACCAUUCCUCAAGAUCAAUUCACGCUAGACGGCUCUGUCCGCCUUAACGUCGACCCUUCCGGGUGUAUUUCCGACAAGGAUAUUCGGGAUGCACUUCAAAAAGUGCACCUUUGGCAGAUUAUCGAGGCUCGUGGCGGUCUCGAUGGGAAAAUGGAUGCCGGCUCAUUCUCCGCUGGAGAGCAGCAGCUCUUCCGACUUGUUCAAGCCAUACUCCGGAAGGAGGGCCGCAAGAUUCUUGUUCUUGACGAGGCAACUAGUAAUGUUGACAGUGAUACGGAUCUUCUGAUGCAGAAGCUUGUCAAGAAAGAGUUUAAGGACUUCACCGUAUUGACAAUUGCACAUCGAGUCGACACAAUACUCUGCUAUGACAAAGUUGCUGUCUUUGAUAAGGGAACAUUAGUGGAACUUGAUUGCCCCCAGAGGCUUUUAAAAGCAAAUAAUAGCGUCUUUGGGAGUUUAUAUAAGGCCAAAAAAGCAGAAUAAGACCCAACCUUCUCGAACCCUCCGACGACUCUCAGAUAUACUAUUGAGAUCCCGCAGCGGAGGUUCGAGGCACAGGAUGGAAAGGAAGUAGAGGAUCCGCAUUGCUAGCACGAUUUGAUGCGGAUAAAAGUUGGCCCGUGUGUGUAGGCCAAAAAAAGGCUGAUGUUUCAAGCUGGAUUCCGCAUCAUUACGCGAUUUCCGUCUUCUGCUUUUGGCUUUCAUACCCGAGUCAGUUUUCUUGCUAUAUCAAACUUGAUUUCGAUCCAUGACAAUAGCGGAUUUGCUGCCUGGCUCCUUGCAGGGUUCCGCUAGGGUUGAACAUACAAGUUGGAUUGCCUAAAGGGCUCAUUGGAUAUGCUCUGUACCUUUCUAUUGAGCUUGAAUCAAGUUGCGCAUCCUAGAAAUUCGGAAGGGUUGUUGUUAUACAAAUCAACAAUCUGUUGUGCAAAACGCGGAAAUGUAUUUGCCUUUCCGCCGGGUGCAACACGGCUGCCGGGCAAUAAUUCUAUUACAAUCCCAAAACUACGGCUGUCUGUUGGGUCUUUAAUCAAUAGGCGAACGUCCGCCUUUUUCUGGAGCACAUUCAGGGGCAUAUUUGCGGACUGAGCGGAAGGGUGCAGGAUUUGCCGCCUUGUUGACGAUCAACCUCGACGCAUUUCUUUUUCCAUCAAGAGGUGGCUUGGCACAUACGGUUGAAAUUUCGUGAAUCAUCUGUUUCUCAGUGACUUGACGGAAAGAGCUCCUUGCAUGACCUCUCUGGGCUGCUGCUGGACUUAUCCUGCAGAGGUUCCAAUAACAGGGUUUCAAGAGAUGUUUCUGCACAGUGUAUCCUGACUGUGUAACUGGCAAGACUCCUCUCCAACAUGUCAAUACAAGAGGGUUGAUCGGAGGGCCACUUCAGGUAAAGGUGCCCGUCUUGCCCAAAGUCAGAAUCACCGCUCGCGCCAGUUACUGACGUUAUGUGCGUUUUUGUGUCCCAAGCUGAAUUGAAGUUGCAGUUUGGUCAGGCAGUAUUGCUAUAGAGGCAGCAUCUGGUUAAUUUCGAGAUGAAUAGUUUGGUCCUAGUGAAGAAGAGGUUAAGCACAAGGUCACUUCACGGAUCAGUCAGAAUACUUACACAUGGUGGUAUCGUCAACUAUUUUCA